GUUAACUCUAAUGAAAGUGUCCACAUGGUUGCGGCAUCCGUCUGAGACCGAUCUAAUAACGAAACUAAAAAAAUUUGCCCAGUGUAUUGGGCAAGACGGAGGCAGACGAAGAUGGUAAAUCGUAACGUACGGAAUCAGUGAGUUCUGCAAGUAUUAUUCGGAGUAAACAGGCAUUAGUGUUUGCUAUUAAUCUCAACAUUAUGGAAUGAAUUUAGUGAAUAAUUAAAAGUGCAUCAAUCUUCGGUGCUCAGCUGUGAAAUUAUCGUAAAGAAGUGUAACUUUGUCUGUGGUUAGGCAACCCUCCACAAAGUGGUUUUUCUGCACGAGUGUGUAACAUCUAGAACAUAUGGCUUAUUUGUCGGAUGUUGACCUCGCAACGUUGCAUAGAUCCCGACUGGAGGAACGCGUCCAUUACAAAUUGUCGUCCUGGAAUAGAUCUGCUACAGUUGACAAUUCCAGCAGCAACUUGCAGUUGGACCAGAGAAGGCCAAUUAGAACUCCAUCGAUAGCAAUAAGUGCCCGUCGAUCCGGUGACUCUUCGUUCUCCUCCACCGCUGCUAUGGAUGACAUAAUAAACAAUAAUCAGCUUGUACCCACCAGGCGAGUUGAUCGGCAGCAGAAGAACUUUGCCAGUACCUGCGAUAUUAACAACACUUCAGCUCAGCUAGAAGAGGCUCGUAGAGUGACGUCAAGUUAUCGGCCUGGCGCCGGCAGGCACCAAUCGAAUGUACAUGUGAUAAAGCGCCGUAACCGGAAUAGCAAUAGCUGUUCCAGUACCGGUACCAGUGCCAGCAGCAGCACUGGUACAGUCGGCAGCAACUUCAAACACGUCGAGUGGAGCGAUGACGACUAUCUCAACGAUGACGGCUACUUUUCGUCCGAGACGCGCCGCCGGAGAUCCGGCACUUGGCCGCGAACGCGAAGUUUGAACGCACCGUCGCCAUUCCAACAGUUUGGACCAUGUGGUCGGAUUAUGAAAAACUCUGCCAUGGUGAUGCAAAUUCAGGAUCCCGCCAGCCAACGGCUGACCUGGUACAAGCCUCCACUGGCGGUGCUGGUGAUAAAAAAGGUUCGUGACUCGAAGGUGCUGCAACCGUUCGUCGAGCUGGUCGAGUGGCUCAUCCAGGAGAAGCACAUGGUCGUUUGGGUGGAGGGUGCCAUUUUGGACGACCCGCUGCUGACGGGGGACAAACGUUUCACCAAGAUCCAGGAUAAAUUGAUUACUUUUAAGGACGGCCGCGACGAUCUAACGGACAAGAUUGAUUUCAUUAUCUGUCUUGGCGGAGAUGGAACGUUACUGUAUGCGUCAUUGCUGUUUCAGAAGUCGGUUCCACCGGUGAUGGCAUUCCAUUUGGGUUCGUUGGGUUUUCUGACACCGUUCCAGUUCGAUAAUUUUCAGGAACAGGUCACCAAUGUGCUCGAAGGUCAUGCCGCUCUUACGUUGCGCAGCCGGUUGAGGUGUAUUAUCGUUCGGAAAGACAAGACCGAACAAGAGAUAUCGACCUUCAGAUCGUCGCAGGACCCGACGACUAACAUUUUGGUUCUCAACGAAGUGGUGAUUGAUCGCGGUCUUUCAUCGUACCUGAGCAAUAUUGACCUGUUUUUGGAUGGAAAGCACAUUACCUCAGUGCAGGGCGAUGGGCUGAUUGUUUCCACCCCGACCGGAAGUACGGCCUAUUCGGCAGCUGCAGGAGCUUCCAUGAUUCAUCCCUCGGUGCCGGCCAUACUGGUGACGCCUAUUUGUCCCCAUUCGCUCAGUUUUCGACCGAUCGUAUUACCGGCUGGUGUGGAACUGAAGAUCGCCCUUUCGCCGGACAGUCGGAACAGUUCGUGGGUAUCGUUUGACGGCAGGAACCGUCAAGAAUUGCUGCAUGGUGACAGCCUGCACGUGACCACUUCAAUUUACCCAGUGCCAAGUAUAUGCGCUCAGGAUCAGAUCGCCGAUUGGUUCGAUUCAUUGGCCGAGUGUCUCCACUGGAACGUACGUAAACGGCAGAAGUGCUUGGACGAACUGUCCGAUCUGACCGGUUCGGGAACGGAGGACAGCGCAAUCGAGGAAAUCGAUCGCGGUAUCGAGAAUCUGGAAUCCUAAGUGCUACUGUAACAACACCUUGCUCAAACACUGCGGCGUUGCCGGGAUCAGCACAAGACCUUAUCACCCCCGAUUCCCACCCCCCUCCCUGCGACAACCGCCGCUUUAAGUUACCAGUUACUGCUUCGAACGGUGGCAACCUUUUUUAAUCAAACCCAUAAACAUAGGCGCCACGCAGGAUGCUGCUAUGGUUUUUGCUUAACAAUUUCUAAUAUUGAUCACGCGUAAAAUCAGAUGGGUGGAAAGUGUGGUCCUUUUAAUUUAAUUUAACCAGCAAAUGAUCGAAUUGGUUGUGUUAGAACGAAGCCUAUAUAGAGUGUGAGAAGCUUCUAUAUACUACAGGAAUUAUAGCAAGGAUAGUGAUUUGUUUGGUCAUUCCGGUUUGGAGCCAAAAAUGGUGAAUAAAUUAAUGCGAAGAUAAUGGUUAGGUAAAAAAGAUGUUAUCAACACUGUUCACGUUCAAGUUUGAUCUAAAGACGCAAGUAGAAUUGUCUAUUGUCAAUGUGUUCUAGUGAAUGGGGAAUUGUUGGUGUGAGUGUGAGAAAUGAGCUUCUAGGGCGAUUAGUUUAUUCGUUUUCUUUCGUAUUUUAGGCUUAGCCUAUUAUGUUUACAUCUAAAUAUUAUUAUCAUAUUUGCAUUAGCAGCUGAUGGUCGAUAGCAAUGAACGUAAAAAGGCAAAUCAAAAACAGUUGUUAAAACUUUAGCUGUUAGGAAAAGUUGAUCUUUUUAAAAUUUAUAAA